CAUACGCACUACCCUUAACACACACCCUCUGUUCAGUCUAACUCAGUGUUCAUGAGCAAUGCGCUCACUUACUUUGACUGGAAAUCUGAUGGGUGUCUGAUAGACAUGGAGUGUUGUUUGUUAAUUGAAGCAAAGUUAAUGGGUUAACAAUCGUUUUUGUGUAGAGUGCAGCAAAGGAACUUCCCUUCCACAAGCCAAAUAACAGAACUGAAAAUACUUUGUGAUUUCACUAAGUGGAGUAGAAUCACAGUGAUGAAAAUGUUUUCCAAGGUUUUCAUUUUUCUGACCGGAGCUGUGUAUAUCUACUACCAGGUCCUUGCACAAGAUAUCUACAGUGCUGAGAUAAUGGUGGAGAGUAAUGUCACACUGGAUGCCCAGACUGUCCUGUCAGCUAUCAAUUCAACAAGCCUCUCACUGACGAAUGGACAAACAGUACAAAUCACAAACACUGAACUGGUAGCAGAGUGCCUCAUUGUUGGAACUGACACCAACUGCAACUGUUCUACAAAUUAUCUUUGGAGCAAUGAAGUGUGCUACAACUACAGCUGCUGUGGGGAUGCUACUUGCACACAAAAUGUAUCCUACAUCACACCCCUCUGUUCUCCUAAAGUUCAAGUUUUCAUCAAUGGAUCAGUACAGACUGCAGCAUGGGAUCAAACCAAAAACACAACGCUUCAAAGCCAAUUUCAAAAACUGAAUGCUAUUCAGUAUGUGAACGUUACUGGUCCAAGAAUCAUCUCCAUAUCCACUCAAGUGCUAAACGUUGCUGACUUUCAGGUAGCUGUUAGUGUCAGCGUGCUAACUUCUAAACUUCAAGAAAUAGUCACUUUUCUUGAAACUCAGCUUUCAGCUACUAUAUUUGUGGACACUCUAGGAAUGGUCAUUGUAGAGGCCCCAGGGACUAAAGUUUGCUAUCAGUCCACGCCGCAACUUGCAUGCAAACUUGAGGAGCCCACAGGCAGCGCAGGCUGGAAUAUGACCACACAGACUCAGCGCUUUGAGCUCAACAAUGGCAGUGUGGUCCAGCUGAAUCAGACAUGUGCCACAUCCAUUUACCAAUCUUGUAUUGGUGUUACACUCAAAGGGGUGACAGGCAUUUGGGAAGGCACAUAUGAGUGUGGAUUUACGAUUGGUUCAAUCAGGCACACAGGCAGGACUUUUCUGAGUGUGGCCCUCCUGCCUGACACUAUUACCAUGAGUACCAUGCCUCUUACUAUGGACUGUUCAAAGAGUCCGCAAAGUGUAAACAUCACUGCCAGUGUCAUAAUCCCAGCAAGCAGUAAGAGCUAUGACAUUUCGUGGAGCUACAAUGGUUCGGCGACAAACUACACAGCCGUACAAAACACAACUUCAAAGGGUUACGUUAACUACACGUUCACUCCUACCAUCCCCUGCACAAAAGGAAGUGGAACUUAUGUUAACAUCACUUUUAAAAAUGAUGUGAAUCAAAUGAAAAGUGCACAAAUAAACAUUCCAGUUAUCAAUGCUAAUGACAUAGUUUGUAACCAGAUCAUACUUAAUGGAGAUACAUGGCCAGAAACCCCAGCUGGAGAAACAGUGAUUAUUCGAACAUGCCCACCAGGAAGGGUUGGCUAUAAGUCCCGGACUUGUAUCGGCCCUGCUUGGCAGGACGUGUUCUCCAGCUGCGUCAGUGAAGAAUUGGACAAAGUUUCAAAUGCAGCUCAAGCCUUCCUGAAGGGACUAGGGGCUACCCCGGAAGUGGCCAAGAAUAUAUUUGAAGGGCUAAAGAACAGCUCUACAUUAAGUUCUGGAUCCGGUGAAAGUAUAGCUGACGUUAGCGCCUCCAUCGGUGUUCUAAAUAUGAUGGCUAAGGCAUCAAACACAACUGUGUUGGGAGAGGAUAUCUUUCCUGAUUUUGUUAGUGCAGCAAGCAAUAUGUUGAAUGGCACCUGGAAUGGGGUAAAUGACACAGUUCGUUAUAACAUGUCAUCAAACUACCUAAAUUCUGUGGAAGGUCUAGUGAAGAAUAUUAAGGUCAACCAGAGCAAUGGAGUCAACAGUACAAAUCUAGACCUUACAUUCUGUCGAAGCCAUGACUGUAAUGUGUCUGUGUUUGACAUUGGUGUGAAUAUGAACAAGACCAAUGGAAUACUGAAAACUGUAGCUGUGAAAAAUCUAAUGAGUAAAUUAAAUAACAGCUUUAAUGGUGCAAAACCUGACCGUACCGAUCUCAUAUUAUCAGCCACACUGGACAAUAACAACGAUUCAACUAGACGAAUUAGACUGGACUUCCCCAGUGGGAAAACCAACCCCACUCAACCUCACUGUGUCUUCUGGAACCCUACAGGGAAUGAAUGGUCAGAUGAAGGAUGCAAUAUCAGCAUUUCCGAUGAAAACCACACAGUAUGUGAGUGCAACCACCUGACUGCAUUCUCUGUCCUAAUGUCCAAGAAUGAUGGACGAAAAACAGAUCCCACCCUUGAACUUAUUUCAAAUAUUGGCCUUGGUGUGUCCAUUUGCUCCUUGGUGAUUUUUCUCAUCAUUGAAUCUCUCGUGUGGUCAGCUGUGGUCAAGACUAACCUUUCUCAUUUCCGCCACACAGCUAUAGUGAACAUUGCCACAUUCCUCUUGCUGGCAAAUUGCAGUUUCUUGGCUUCUAGCAAUCCCGAGACUCUCAGUGACAGCUGGUGUCUAGUACUGACCAUAUGCAAACACCUGUUUUACUUGGCUAUGUUCUGCUGGAUGCUAUGCCUGAGCAUCAUGCUUGUCCACCAGCUGAUCUUUGUCUUCAGCCCACUGAGGAAAAGAGUUUUCAUGUUCCUCUCCAGCAUUUUAGGCUAUGUUUGCCCAAUCCUAAUGGUGGGAUCCAGCUAUGUGUACUACAAAUACACUAACCAGAACUAUCACGACCCCAAAACAUGCUGGCUAGUUUACGUAAAACUCUUGGUUGGCUCCAUGCAUGCUUUUCUCCUGCCUGUGGGAACCAUUGUUUUGGCAAAUCUCUUUUCCAUGGUUGUUGUCAUCGUUACACUGAUGAAGACCUCAGUCCCUGACAGCAGCAAGGCCGAUGACAAGGAAACGGCAAAAGGCAUCCUCAAAGUGGUGAUCGUUCUAACACCGGUCUUUGGAGUGACAUGGAUCGUUGGCUUCAUUCAACUCAUCAUGUCUGAUAGCCCCAUGUAUAACGUUAUUGCCUACAUUUUCACCAUCCUCAAUACCUUCCAGGGUUUUUUUAUUUUGAUCACAGGGUGUUUUGCAGAGCAAAAGGUCAGAGAGGAACUGUUCAAGCUCAUAACGGGAAAAUCAAAAGGAAACGACAGCACAAAGAAAUUCACUUCAACUACUUACACAAAAGACCACUGAAGAUGCAGAUUGUGAAUCCUGAACUAACAAGUCACCUGUUCAACUACCCCUCUACAGGAGAAUACAGUUUGCAUUAUGUUAGUAUGUAGUUCCUUGACAUUCACAGUCG